CGCCAGGCGACGGAAGUGGCAGCUUUCUGUGCGAUGCUGCUGCCGGAGCUGCUGCUACUCGGCUUGGCCGUCUCCCUGGCGGACAGCUAUGACCGAAGCGUCAACUACUGGGAGGCCUUUGCGCCCGGCAAGCUGCUCCAGCGCCUGGACGCUCUUACCGUCACGGAUGUGGACCAAUCGAAGGUGGUUAGGCUGCCGCAGCUGAUGCAGCCCGUCCUGGCAGCCAACCAGGCGCAGGCCAAGGCGGAUGAGAAUGUGGACGUGGAUGUGGAUGUCGAGGCGGAUGCAGAGGCGGCGGUCGACGACGAUGUGGACAGUCUUAGUGCGGAGACCAGCCACGAGGGAUACUCCGGCGAGGACUACGAGCGCAACUACGAGCAGUUCGUCAAGGAGUACUUCGAUCGGGCUGCCGACGACGAUGACCACGACGACGGCGAUGGCCUGGAGGAGGAGGAGACCCAGGCAGAGGCCACCAAUGUCAGGGAUCAGCGCUGCCGGCAGGUCAAGCGGAAGGAUGGCCAACUGUGUGAGAUCUGUCGCCAGUUGAAGAACAACGAGGUGUCCGAAACGUGCAGCUACUCACACGACGAUCAACCGCAGCAGUACGCCUAUGGCAGCGGCACCGAGUACAAGCGUUACCGCGACGAUCCCGCCCGGAAGGCGGACCAGGAGCAGGCUGAGCCGGUGGCACCCAGCAGUCUAUGCGUGCGCCGUCAGCAGAAGAACAGCGUCUGCUACGAGUGCAAGGACAGCAAGGGCCAGACGAUCGAACGCUGCUACGAUGUGCAGGCCCGAAAGGCGAAGACCCGAAAAAAGAAAGCCUCCUCCACUCGUCCGUCCACCUCCGUCCACAAACGGAAGCCACGUUCCCAGCAGUCGCAGCAGUCGGAGCAGGAGCAGCGCAUCUACAAGCGCACCAUUAGCUACAGCUAUGCCCAAGGUACGGAUCAGCAGGGGGAGCAGCCACCAGGCGGGACAACGGAUGUGCCUGUGCCCCGCCAGCGUCGCAGGCGGCUGGUGAAGAUCACGCGUCGGCGCGGACCAGCUAAAGUGCAAUAAUCAUGUUUUGUAUGACUCUCAUGUAUUCCCCACUCAUUAGCUUAGAUUAAUUGCCACACAUUUUUUUUUGUUACAAUAAACCAUUCUAUAGUAA